AUGCUUGGUGAAUCAUACUCUAAAUUGAAGGAAGGUGUUACUUGGGAGCAUAUUUUGGACUUUAUUCGUGAAGGUGAAAUUACUGAUGAUACUAAUAAACGAAUACUUCUUCUUGAACGACAAGAUUUAACUAAUAUAUCCCGUGACUUUAACAUCAAUUAUGCUACAAGAAGACAUAAAGAUGAUGCAGUUAGUGUUGACCUAUGGGUCAAUGAACUGAAAAAUCAGCUUAAAGAAGAUUGUCCUAUCCUUUACUAUAAAGCCCAAGAUAAAGAUGAUGAUUUUUUAGAAAAGAAAGAUUUUGCUUUGAUUAUAAUGACAAAAUUUCAAGCAAAACAAAUACUGAAGUUUGGUCCCAAUAAAAUUUGUAUUGAUGGAACUCAUGGUACUAAUGCUUAUGACAUUCAGCUAUAUACCAUUAUGACAGUGGACGAAUAUGGUACUGGAUGUCCAGUUGCAUUUUGUUUUUCAAAUAGAGUUGGCAUUAUAAAAUCAAAAGUAUUCAUGUCGGAUGAUGCUCCAGCAUUUUACAACGCUUGGGUCAAUGUCAUGGGACCUGCUGAACAUAGGCUCUUAUGUACUUGGCAUGUUGAUAGAAAUUGGAGAGAUAAUUUAAGUAAGAUUAGUGGAGGAUCUGAAAAAAAAUCGCUUGUUUACAAAACCUUGAGAGUGUUGUUACAAAUGAUAUCUAUUGAUGAGUUUAAAAUUUCUCUAGAUCAAUUUAUAAAUGAUUUAUUAGCAGACAAAGAUACUGAAGCAUUUGGAUCAUAUUUUGUACAACAUUACUCAAAACGAACAGAAGUCUGGGCAUAUUGUUAUCUGAUGAAGUUAGCUCGUGACAGUAUGUUUAAAAGACUCAUCAGGGUAGCGAAGAAUGGAUCAAAUUCGAAAAGUAGAAAAAUUCAUGAAAGCCAUAAAAGCAGUGAGUUGAUUUCAUCAGAUAAAAUCCAAAUUCUAGAAGGUGGACAAUCAUGGAUAGUAAAUUCAUUGACGAAUCCCUCUGAAAAUUAUUGUGUUGCCAAAGCUGAUAAAACAUGCAAUGAACCCUGUUUGAAAUGUUCAGUAUGUAAUAUUUGCAUACAUACAUUUACAUGUGAAUGUAUAGACAAUAUAAUUAAACUUAACAUUUGUAAACAUAUACAUGCCUGUGCACAAGCAUUCAACAAACUACCUAAUGACAGCAGUAAUGCAUUUUAUUUAGAAGAUGCAACUAUUGGAGAACAAGAAGGAUUGAUAGAGAUGAUUUCUCAGCCUUCUAUGAAAUGUACUACACUUAGUACACCUGGCAUAAGCGGAAAAAUUAUUAACAAAGUAGAGCUUAUCCGUAGUCUAUGUGCUACAAGCGAACCAACUGUAAAUGAAACAAAUGCUAUUCGUGAUGGAAUUGAUAGCCAAAACAAUGAAUAUGUUAAUAUUCACCAGACAUUUGAUCAUGGUUACCUAUGA